AUGGGGGCGUCGACGUCGAGAGACGCGACGGACGCUCGACGGGACGGCGACGAGGACGAGGACGAGGCCACGGCGACGGACGCCCCGGGACGGGCCGACGUGCGAUUGAUCGCGGACGAGGGUGAUUCGCCGUCGGCGGUGACGUCGUCGUCGUCGCGGCCGUCGAGACUGACGCUUGAUUUGGCGCGCGUCGUGCGCGAGGCGCUGUCGACGUCGAGCGCGCGCGGCGAGCGCGCGUGGACGCGUUUGUUUGAUUCCGACGCGCACGGAAUGAGCUUUCGCGGUGGAAUCAUCGAGCGAUGCGCAGAACGAGGACGUUUGCUCAUCGUCGUGCAGCCGCGAUGGGGGGAGGGCGAGGGCGGAGAUGGGGACGAGGUUUUCGUCGCGCACGCGUCGCCGGGAUUGUCAAAGAUGCCGCGGGACGAUUUUUACGGCGACGUCUCGACGCGCACGUGGCGGUAUCGCCCGGGCGGCGCGCUCGAAGAAACGUCGGGGUCGAGCGAACGCCCGAUUUAUUGCGCGCACGGGUUCCACCCACACGCAAACAUCCCGUGCGGACUUGGAUUUUUCGGCCGCGUCGGACGACACACCGUGUGGUUGGACGAGCGACUCGAGAGCGCGCACGUGGAGUACGGCGCCAGGCGAUUCGCGAUCGAGCGCGUGGAGAUUUGGGGAGUCGAUCGAGACGAGGUGCUGAAGAAGCGUACUGAAAUGGACGAGAAAUCGAGAUUGAGAGUCGACGAGAAACGCGGUAUCGACGAGAAACGCGCCGACGCGCGGUUCAUGACCCAGUUCACCUCGGCAGCCGCGCGCGCGACGGAUUUGGGGAGUCGAUGA